CCCACGAGGGGAACAUCUUGGGUAGCAGGGGCAAGGCUGUGGUUUUAGAAGAGACAGAGACAGUCGCCAGGCUGUGGUCCUCUCCCUCUACCUCCAGCCAGGGACACCUUUGUGCUGCAAUGGCCUCUGCUAUGCCUGACAAAGAGGAAGCUGCCAAGAGCACCCUGGAGAUGAAGGAAGAGGAAGAGCAGCAGGGUGCAGUCAGUGAGGUGACUAAUCCAACCCUGGUCAGCUCUGCCUGUGAUGUGGUUGCCACAGCUUAUGCCUCCACCAAGGAGAGCCACCCUUACAUCAAGUCCGUGUGUGAUGCGGCGGAGAAGGGAGUGAAGAGCGCGACCGAAGCCGCAGCCAGCUGCAUGCAACCAGUUCUGGCCAUGCUGGAGCCUCAGGUUGCUGCAGGCAGUGAGUUUGCCUCCAAGGGCUUGGAAAAGCUGGAGGAGAACCUCCCACACCUUCAGAAGUCAGCAGAGCAGGUGAUGUCUGACACAGAAGAGCAGGUAUCAGCUGGGGUGGCUGAAGCAGAGGAUGCCUUGAGCAGUAAUGUGACAGGGAUUACAGAUGCCACUAAGGAGACUCUUCAGAGCAGCAUGGAGGCUGCCAGCUCUGCAGCCUCUGGCAGCGUGGCAGAGUUUGUGGACUCCACAGAGGGUCAGGUGGCUGCAAUAGGAGCAGAAGCUGUGGUGGAGACAAUGGAUGGCAACUCUCUUCCCAUUGAAAAUGAGGAACUAGCCAAGCUGGCAGCCUCUGAGGAGGGGGCAGGCAUGAUGUCUGUGGCAGAGCAGCAGGAGAAGAGGAGGUACUUCGUGCGCCUGGGCUCCCUCUCCGAUGAGAUUCGCUUGUUUGCCUACAUGCACUCGACUGACAAGAUGAAGCAGGCCUGGCAGGGCAUGCAGGACACCCUCUCACAGCUCCACUGCCUUGUUGAACUGAUUGAAGCCUUUAAGCAAGGAUUUAACCAAAAGCUUGAGGAAGGGCAGGCAAAGCUCCGCGAGAUGUGGCUGGACUGGAGUAAGAAGUCUUCCAAAGAGACUGGAGACUUUACAGAGCCAGAGGAGAUGGAGUCUCUGGCCCUGCUCAUGGCGCGCAGCAUCACGCAUCAGCUGCAACUGACCUGCUGUGAAAUAGUGUCUGCAAUCAGAGGCCUUCCCUCCAGCCUUCAGGCCAGGGUGAAACAAGCUCUUGCCACCAUAGAGGAGCUUCAUGCUUCUUUUUCACUGGCAAAGUCCUUCCAGGACUUGUCCAGCAAUGUCUUGAGCCAGAGCCAGGCAAAGAUGGCUGUGAUCCAGGAGUACAUGGAGGAGCUGCUGGACUACCUGAAGAGCAACAUGCCUCUGUCCUGGGUGGUGGGACCCUUUUCCCCCAGGGAGGAGGAAGAGGAGCCAACAGAGGAAGAGGAAACCUCACCAGAGGAGACAACAUCAGAGGAGGAUGAGCCCUCUCAAGAGGAGGAAGAGGCAGGUAGAGGAGCAGCAAGAAAACAUGAGGUGUAAGCCAGCCCCAUGUAAUGCCAUCAGCACAGGGCUGCUUGGCAGGAGUCUGGGGAGAGCUUGGUCUUAGCUUUCCAUACCUCCCCUCCCCAGCUGUCACAUCCUGGCUGAUUCACUACCCAGCCCUGCUGAAUGAAUCCUUAGGGGCUCCUAAGGAAGGGUGAUGAGGCAAUUCUCAAGUGCUUGCAACUGCUUUCAGGAAUGCUGCUUGAGCUCUGGGGCAGAAGAUCAGAGCUGAAGCUCUGCAAAGCUUCCCUAGCAAGGUUGUGUCCUCCAAGACACCAAACACUGCUUAAACUCAAUGCAAUGGUUGCUGUUGGUCUUAAACCCUCAGCCAGUCACUGAUGUCAAGAACUAUCUUCCUAGUAGCUGCUUGUAGUAGGUUGUAGCUGCUUGAAAUAAAGCUAAUGCAUGCAAAACUG